AUGUCGCAAUCAGAAGACGACAUGAGUUCAUCUUCCUCUGAGCCCCCCAUUUUUACGCCAGAGCAGCAAGAGUGUCUUAAGUUCUAUUGGGAUGAGUACACAGUCAAAGAACACCGACCGCGCCCACCAAAGUCACAGAGUCGCAAGAUCGCAGAACGCAUCUCUGAGAUGGGUCCUCCAGUCACAGUCCAGAUUGUUGGAAUGUAAGUAGUAUCCUAAUAUCAAUAAUCCAAAAUCACUAACUAACAACCGAACAGAUACUUCGCACAGCGUUUGGCGGAUGAGACAGGUAUUCGCUUAUCUUCCUUUGAUUCCCUGCAGAACAAAACUAACAUCGUCACUUGAAGGCACACCUAGAAUAACCAAGAAGACUGACGAGCAGCUCCAACUCCUUCAAGACAGCUUCAACAAGGACCCGUACCCAACAACCGGCGAGCUCAUACUCCUAGUCCACAAAUCCAACUUGACCAGGCGACAAGUCCAAACUUGGUUCCGCCAACAACGACACAAGACCACCAACAACGGAGGCGUCCUUAACUCUGCCAAUGGCCCCCAAAUGGACAGUCAAGCUGUCGUUUUUAUGUGGAACAAAUACAGAAAUGACGGUGUUUCGUACGUCGUAUGCUUGGAGCAUGGAGUAGUUAGUCCUGUGAAUGGAGGGCCAGGGCCUAGUAUUCCUAGACCAGACUACAAAACGCCAGCAGAACGUAACCUGUACGUUAAGAGCUUGGAUAGUUAUUGUAUGGGCAUGAACAGAUAUCAUGGGCACAUGGAUCAGUACAUUGUGUUUUUGAUGAGGGUUUGGAAGCUGGUAUAUGGGGAUUACUAUAAUUGGUGGAGAUAA